GCCCCCCUGGCGGCCCGCGGCGCGGGCUGGGGGGUCCCCGAGCGGGGCGGCGCCCUGCGCAGAAGGGGGUGUCGCGUCGCGCGUCUUCCCGAGGUCCCCGAGGCCGCGGCGCUCCUGAGCCCAGCCUUCCGGGGCGUCGGGCAGGGUCCGCCCCCGCCCCACCGCGUUCUCCGGGACUUUGGAUGGGCCGGCCUGCCCGGAAGCGGCCUGCUGAGUCACGCACUGCACUUUUGCCGGGCGCUGCUUGUGACCUCGAGUGAUUUCAACUUAAAAGUUCUGGAGGACACGUGUCGGCGGCAGGACUUCAACCCCAGUGAAUAUGAUCUGAAGUUCCAGAGGACUGUGCUUGAUCUCUCUCUCCAGUGGAGAUUUGCCAACCUGCCCAACAAUGCCAAACUAGAGAUGGUGCCCGUGUCCCGGAUCCGCGAGGGGCCAGCGAAAAUGGUUCGCAUUGCUCUACAACUAGAUGAUGGCUCCCGGUUGCAGGACACUUUCUGUUCAGGCCAAACCCUCUGGGAGCUUCUCAGCCACUUUGGACAGACCAGAGAGCACCUGCAGCAGCCGGGCGAGGCGACCCCUGUCUGUGUGUACAUGAGGGACGAGGUGACUGGUGGAGCGGCCCUGCAGAGCACGACACUGCAGUCACUGGGGCUGACCGGGGGCAGUGCCACCAUCAGGUUUGUCAUGAAGCGCUGUGACUCUGCAGGCAAGCAAGAACCUGGGACCGUGGGGAGCGAGACCCCAGGAAGCCCAGCCGUCUCUGCAUCGGCCACCCAGGCCACCGGCAGCCCUCUGCUCCCCUUAAAAUCAGAGGAGCUCAGCAGGGGUGGCCUGAGCUGUCGGGAUGAUGCAGGCACCUCAGGGACCAGCCCCACGGGCAGCUCAGAGCCAGGAGACGCUCCAGCACAUCAGAGCACAAAGGAGCCUGUGCCCACCCCCUUUGUUCCUUUCUCUGGUGGGGGGCAGCGACUGGGGGGCCCUUCCCAGGCCUCAAGGUCUCUAGUCUCACCUUUGGCCAAGUUGCCUAAGUCCUUCUCCAGCCCCGGAGGUCCCUCCAAACCCAAGAAGUCAAGGCCUGGGGAGGAGCCCCAGCAGGAGCCCGUGGACCGAGACCCUGUGGUGUGCCACCCCGACCUGGAGGACCUGCUCCAGGCCUGGCCAGCAGAGCUACCUGAUGAGUUCUUCGAGGUGACUGUAGAUGACGUGAGGAGGCGUCUGGCCCAGCUCAAGAGCGAGCGGAAACGCCUGGAAGAAGCCCCCUUGGUGACCAAAGCCUUCAGGGAAGCUCAGAUGAAAGAGAAACUGGAGCGCUACCCAAAGGUGGUGCUGAGGGUCCUCUUCCCUGAUCGCCACAUCCUGCAGGGCUUUUUCCGCCCCAGCGAGACAGUGGGGGACUUGCGAGACUUCGUGCAGAGCCACCUGGGGAACCCCCAGUUGCCGUUCCACCUGUUUGUUGCUCCCCCCAAAACCAUCUUGGAUGACCACACGCUGACCCUCUUCCAGGCAAACCUCUUCCCCGCUGCCCUUGUACACUUUGGAGCUGAGGAACCAACAGGCCUCUACUUGGAGCCCAGGCUGCUGGAACACACCAUCUCCCCUUCUGCAGCGGAUGUACUGGUGGCUAGGUGCAUGUCCAGGGCCACCAGGUCUCCCCUGCCACUGCCAACCCCUGGCCCUGUGCCUCUGGAGUCAGAGCCAGCUGCUGAGGAGGGGGCACUGGGACCCCCUGGACCUCUCCCAGGGGCAGUGCAGCCCAUGAGGAAGAACCCGGGCAAGGUGCCCAAAUGGCUGAGGCUGCCAGCUGGCAAGAGGUGAGAGCUGCUGUCCAGGAGCUGCAGGACCCCGCCCCGCCCCGCCCCGCGCAGGAAUAAAGACGCUUCUCUCAAGGCCUUCCGUCCUCCUUCCUGCAGCAAAGGCCCCACAGACCUCUGUCCCGCUCGCUCAUCCACUGUGAUCAGCUGGUCCCAGAAGCCUGGCUGGACUGGUGUGGCCCUGUGUUCCUGCUGAGAAGGGCUCUGGUGUCCCCUGCAAAAGGUCUGGGCAGGCCAGAGCCCUGGGCUCAGUGGCUGUCCCCCUGUUGCACCUAAUGAACUGCAUUACUCUGCUAGAAGAGGAGGAGGAAGUAGGCCGCUCCCCCACCCCCACAGGGCCCUGGGCAGGCCUGCUGUGAGGUCUUUGGUGACCCUGCCUUGUGCCCCCAGCCUGACUGGGUAGCCAGUUCCAGCACUUCCACUCGUUGGAGCCCUUGUGUCACCACCAGCCAGCCUGUCCCUGCAGGUCUCCUCACCUCCAUGGACACCCACCUGCUGAGAGGGCACAUGGGCGCUCAGAGCAGCUCUGCCUACCCAGCUCCUCCUCAGGCUAGUGGGGCUUACUCCCAGGCCAGCUCCUGCCUCCAAAGUCCCCCAAGGCUGCCCUGGGCCCCUGCAGGAGCAGAUGUCCCUUCUGCCUUGGGGCCUGACGUCACACCCUUCAAACCUGCCCAUCCCCACUAGACCCAAAACCCGCAGCUCCUUGAUUCUGAGACGGGAGCCCAGGAGGCCACAUCUGAUGCUGAGUGCCCAGUAGUAUGUUGGUGUCCCUGCCCUGUGUUCUGACAAAGUGGCUUUGGGUGCUCAAGGGAGGGGACUCCAAGUAGCCCUUCAGGGUGCUGCUGGAGGCAGGGACAGAAGACUCCAUAUGUCUCCUGAAUGCUGGCCCAAGUGGAGCUAGCUGGACAGAGUCUGAGCAAUGGGACUGCCAGACCUGUGUGGGACUCACAGCACUGCAUUGCUGAGGUGGGUAGGGGCAUGGCCUGCAGCUGACCUAUACUCUGCCUGCCUCUUCUUGGGGCCAAUGUCUGGGCAGGGAUGGGGGAGGCCCUUUUUCAUUUCAGCAUGGCCUUGAAGCAGGUUCAAGACCUGGAAGCAUCUGGUCUCUGGGUCCCUGUCAUCCUGGUACUGCCCACAGUCAGUAGGCCCAGGGAGAGCCUGAGGCCAGCACAUGGCAGUGCUCCUGGACGUGACUGCCUGCUGGUGGCAGCUGCUGUGGCCUGUGAAGGGCAGAGUAUGUUCUGGGAGAGCUGGCUGCUCUGGUUGUAGCUGGCUCAGCCCCUGGUGGGCAGUGCACACAUGCCAUUUGUUGACCACCCUGUCCUUCCUAAGGGCUGUGGCUUUGUUCUACCAAAAUGGAUGGAAGGGGACACGCAGAGUGAGGCUUUGAAGCAAUCUGAGUGAGUGAUCAGUGGCAACAAGGAGGCAAAGCCCGGGAGAAGAGAUGUUGAUUUAUUAGUGUGGCUCUGUAAGAACAAAUUGAUAGCCUGGGAGGCACCCUCCAGGGGAGGGCCAUGUGGUUAACAGGCUGCAGGUGGGCUUUGAUGCUGGGGUGGCCACCACACCCCAGGUGCUGGCAUGGCUGGGACAGGGAGGCAGGCCAGUCCACCUGUUCCCUGUACCUGCCUCUCUGACCCAGAGGCUGUCUCACUGGGCUGGGAGCCAUAGGGACAGGAUACGGGGGAGAGCAACAAGUGCUAGGUCCUUCGUCUUCUUCAAACACUGGAGGAGGCUCUUGGGAACCAGGUGUUAACACUUGUCACUCCACUGCAGACCUCUUAGUGCCACAAAAGACACAGGCCAGCUUUGCAAGGGCACUGGCUUCCUGGGGGUGGCCUCAGGAGGAUGAGUAGCCCUAGAAGUCCAGGAGCUGUUAAGGAGAAGGACACUCAGCCAGCCAACCAGGCACCCUCCAGGACCCACUGGACUGCCAGCCUGUACCCCACGUACCAGCUGAGGAAGCACCUUUUCCAGCUGGUCCACAUCCACAAGCGCCACGUCCUCUGCCUGGGCCUGGCGGGCCCCUCGGACAGCUGCCUCUGACGCCAAGGAAACGGGGGUGGG